GCAAACUACAAUUCAAUUUUCCGUUGUUUAAAGUCUUGCAGUAGCAGCUAUCCCACAGUCCCACAGACCCCCUGUCCCAGCCCAGUCCCAGCUCCACACACACACAUAGCUCAUCCAGCACUCACCCAAGAAACUCUGGGCUCUAGGAUUACAGGCGAAUUGCAAACGUCUUUGCAUGUCUCGCAUACACACACCCACACAUACACACACACACAGACACUCAGCAAACUAAUUUUAUUGUAUACCACAUUCAUGAGCAUUCAGAUCGCCUCAGAGUCGCAGUCAAAUUCACAAUUCACUCCUCACCCAGCUCCUUUUACUCUGGCAAUCGUGUGCAAAAAUUUCUACAAAAAAAUUGUUUAAGUGUUUCGUCUUAAGUGGCCUCAUCUAGACCAGUUGAAGGCCCCGCUCAGCCAGCGGCUUUAAGCCAAUGAACAGCAGGGCAAAUCGAGUAAAAUUCUGCACAGCUUUUUAACUUGAAGUAUUCUUUUGUUUACAUGGCUUAAAUAGUGACGGUAAAUAAAGUCUCUUCUCGAAUCGCUAUAAUACAAAAGUGAAGAAUUUCUAUGAGAAAUAUGAAGCUGUGUGUUUGGCUAUACCGAACAUGGCGCCUAUGCCGCGACCGCCCGCCCUGCAGCCUCAGGGCAAGGCCUCGAGCCAAGCCUUCAAAAUUGAGCACAAAGGCGCUGUCAAGAAGUUUCACUACGGCAACGGGGAGCCGAGCACCGAUUGGCGCGCCGCCGAUAAUGUGCCCAUUGUGGAGCGUCGUCGCAUGGAGGAGGCCAGUGACAUACAGCUGAUGGAUCUGGAAUUGAAUCCGAGUGGGGAGUUCAGCCAUACCGUCUGGGAGGUGGAGCUGCCCGGCGAGGAGCUAGACAUAUUUGCCAAUCAACAGCCAGCUAAGAGCGGAGUCACGCGGCUGGGCAGAAUCAAGAUGUUGACCAAGCUGAAGGGGCGGCGCAAGAAGGCGGACAUUGCCAAGCGAGCCGAGCUGCUGGCGCAGAGCAAGCCACCGGCAAAGCCAGUCGAGCGGCCCAAGCCGGAGCUGCCCAAGAAGCCAGCAGAUCGACGUCGCCUCAAGCAGCCGGGCGAGCAAUUCCUCUGCGGCGAUUGCAACAAGAAGUUCGACCACUCAUGGAUGCUGGUGGCCCACAAACGCACCCACACGGGCGAGAAGCCCUUCGUCUGCCCUGAGCAGAAUUGCCAGAAGAGCUUUGCUGAUCGCUCGAAUUUGCGCUCGCAUCAGCGCACCAUGGGGCAUCAUUGCUGGAAGUUUCAGUGCGGACAAUGCGGCAAAUACUUCAGUCAGGAAUGCUAUCUAAAGCGACAUUCCCUGGAUGCCUGCCGCAAAUAUCUGUUAUCGGUGAGACUGAAGAAAUGAUAAGUAAGGGUUAAUUGAAUGGACUAAAAUGUGAUAUACUUUAUAAUAUAUAUUAUUU